AUGGCCCCUAUGUACAUCUUGGCAACUCAGAUUUCUCCAAUGAGAACGACGUGCGCAUUGAAGUUGAGAUGCAUACGUACUUACGAGGUUCGGGAACGGAGGUCCAGUGAAGUUGUGAAGUGUCGUGAGUGUGUCUUCCAUGAUAUUGAGGGUAAUGUGUUACAUGCUCACAUACCACGCGAGCAUGUGGUUAAAUUUCAAAACCAGUUCGUGGAAGGAAAAGUGCAUAUGUUUCGUCUCAAAAGCUUUAAAGAUUUGAAAGCUGCUGACCAGGUUGAUGAAAAGGAACUCAUUGAUGUCAUUGGAAGGGUUGUUGAAAUUUAUUCACCUAUAGAAAAGGUGAUUGGUGGAAGACCUUCUAGGUUAAUUGAUUUCCUAAUAGAGGAUGCCAAUGGUGAUGAAAUGAAGUGCACUGUUUGGGACGACCAUGUGGAUAAGGUCGACUCUUGUUUAUUUUUAAAAGCUGGGGAAACUAAAAUCUCAAGCUCCUACGAUGCAACUCAAAUAUUUAUCAAUGAAGACAUUCCUGAAAUCCAUGAAUUUAGGGAGAGAAUAUGUGGUGAGAAGACUCCAUUGCGUAGUAUUUGUUCUAUGACAAGCCUGUCUACUGCAAAUACUCUUGACACAUUCAACAUUAGUUCUAUGAUUAUGAGUACCAUUACUGAUGUCUAUGACAAGAAACAGGGCUUAUACGACUACUACAAGUGUAAUAGGACAUGGGCUGAAGGAACCUUAAGAUAUAGGAUUAAGGUGAGGGUUGUUGAUAUGAAUGGUAAUGCACCAUUCCUAAUCUGGGACCGUGAGUGCAGGGAGUUGAUAGGUAUGUCGACUGCAGAUCUGAGAGAUAAAUAUCCACAGGAUAACCAACUACUACCCAAUGAGAUUUUGUCCUUGUGUUCCAUGACACUAAUCUGGAAGAUUGAUGUGAGGAAAGAACAGUUUGAUAACCUUCAUAAUGCAUUUGCUGUUAUGAAGAUAAUUAAUGACACCAAAUUGAUUGAUUCAUACUGUCCGGAAUUACUUGACAACUUUGACAAUGAUCCAACUUCUAAGCUUGAAUCAAAUGACUGCUUUGAAUCAGAUGAGGAAUUUCUUUCUAAAGGUGAGGCUGAAAGUCCACUAGCUAUUAAUGCAACUGGAAAGGAUGUUGUGGACCUAGACUCUGGAGUGGUUAAGCGCUGUCUUUUAGAUGAAUUUUCAUCCACCAAGAACACAGCAAAGAAAAUGCUUUUGGAGGUCAAGCUGGAGAAGACAACUGAGGAUACCGUUUAA